GCGGCGGCUCCAUCACUUUCCUCCGGGGCCGGGGGUCGGCGGGCGGUGGCAGCGGCAGCUGGGCAGGGCUGGGCAGGGCCGCGAACGCAGGGCCCCUAGUUCCCCAUCAGGCUGCAGGCUCUGGGCCUGGGCCAGCCGGGCAGCUGUAAACCCAGCGCUCUCCAGGCGCCGAGCUGGGGGUGCGCCCGGCCACCCGGCCUCUGGAUCAUGGGGAAUGGCAUGACCAAGGUACUUCCUGGACUCUACCUUGGAAACUUCAUUGAUGCCAAAGACCCGGAUCAGUUGGGCCGGAAUAAGAUUACACAUAUCAUCUCUAUCCAUGAAUCACCCCAACCUCUACUGCAGGGUAUUGCGUACCUUCGAAUCUCAGUGGCUGAUACUCCUGAGGUACACAUCAAAAAGCACUUCAAAGAGUGUGUCAACUUUAUCCACGGUUGCCGCCUCAACGGGGGUAACUGCCUUGUACACUGCUUUGCAGGUAUAUCUCGAAGUACCACCAUUGUGAUUGCCUAUGUGAUGACGGUGACUGGACUAGGCUGGCGGGAAGUACUCGAAGCCAUCAAGGCCACCAGGCCCAUCGCCAACCCAAACCCGGGCUUUAGGCAGCAGCUGGAAGAGUUUGGCUGGGGAAACUCCCAGAAGCUUCGCCGGCAGCUGGAGGAGCGCUUCGGGGAGAGCCCGUUCCACGACGAGGAGGAAUUGCGCACGCUGCUGCCUCUCUGCAGGCGCUGUCGCCAGGGUUCGGCGACCUCCGGCGCGUCGUCCACAGCGUCCUCGGCGGCUUCCGAGGGGCCCCUGCAGCGCCUGGUACCGCGAUCGCCGCGGGACGCCCACCGGCCGCUGCCGCUGCUGGCGCGGGUCAAGCAGACUUUCUCCUGCCUCCCGCGGUGCCUGUCGCGCAAGGGCGGCAAGUGAGCGCCGUGUGCCCGCCGCUCCGCCCGUCCUCACGCCACAGCCCUUCGCGGGCGGCCGGGGCUUCCCGCGCCCGCGAUGCACCCAGAGCCCGUGGGAGCCUCGCCCAUGCCCAGUACCCACCACGCUUGUCUGAGUCCGUCCUCAGCGACCCCUCUGAGGCUCCGGUCCGCCGGCCUGCUUCAAGCCACCUGGUGCCUUAGUCCUUGGACCCGGGGAAGGGGUCCUGGGCCUCCACCCCGACAGUGCGGGAGAAGGAGGGAGGGUCGGGUGGGGCGGACCUGCCUGGAGGAGAUUAAAGAGACACAGAUGCUGCCUG